GAGGGGCUUGUUACAAAACAUCUCGUUCGUGUGGCGCCAAACGACCUGCACCUUCAUUUAUUCUGUGUGGAAACUUGCAGCUGUGCUGUCGGAGUUUACUACGGGGUUUUAUUCACCAGGAGAUAAACAUAGUUUACAGAGUGUUGCGACAUGUUAACCACACAAACAAAACGUGACUCUACGGCAAAGUACCUGACUCCCGAUGCAAAGGUCCGGCGGUCUUCUCGGAGCGUCGUGGCCCCCAAACGCCUCAACUUCUCUCCGGACGCAACAGAUAACACGGCGACGAAGAAGAAAAAAACAAAAACCGAAAACGAAAAGCCAGAGAGGGAGAUGAUAAAAGAUGAAGACGCUGAAGAUGUAGUGGACCAGCCGGCUGGUGGUCACGGAGGACUUUCUGAAUAUGAACUGGAGCGCCUGGAGAACAUCAGGAAGAACCAGGCUUUUUUGUCCUCCAUCAACUUGCUGCAGGCUAGAGAGGAUUUGCAGCAGACCACACGACCAAAGCCAUCUCAGCGAGGUUUGAGGUCACAGGUUGCCAUUAAGGAAAUACUUCCACCUCGUAAAUCCCUGCGGCUUCAAAAUAAACCUUCAGACCAGUUCACUCUUCCCGACGAACCCAAAAAUGUGUCUCAUCAUGAUUUGACCAGCGUUUUCAAGAAGCCUGCUGGGCCUCUUCUCAUGAAUCCCAUAAACCAGGAUGAGAAUUUCAAACUACCACGACAACUUCUUGAGCUCUUCUCUGAGGACAUAAAGGAGAGAAAAAGGAACGUUGACCUGAAAGAGUAUAUUGCUUCACUGAAAAACAUGAAGAUAUCAGAAGACUGUGUGGCCAAAGUGGUGAAAGAUCGCAUCUUCUCUGUAGCCUUCCAUCCAUGCAGCAGCAGUCUGCUGAUGGCUGCUGGAGACAAGUGGGGAAAAGUGGGACUCUGGAAUUUGGGUGCUGAAUGGGGCGAUGAUGGUGUUCUGCUCUUUGAGCCCCACUCUCGUCCGGUGAGCUGCUUGGCGUUCUCCAGGUUUCAACCCACCCAGCUGCUGAGCGUCAGCUAUGACGGAUCAUUGCGCUGCAUGGAUGUAGAGAAGGCCGUCUUUGAUGAUGUGUAUGACGUUGACGAUGGACUGAAGACGUUUGACUUUAUGUCAGAUGACUGCUCAACACUUGUCGUUGGAAACUGGUUUGGAGAUGUUGCCAUCGUAGACAGGCGGACUCCAGGAAACUCCCAUGAGUCCCUCCACUCACUUAACACCACGGCCGUGCGCUGUGUAAGCGUCCACCCUCUCCAGAUGCAGUACUUUGCUGCAGCCGAAAGCAGGACAGUGAGUAUUUAUGACAAUAGAUACCUUAAGAAGACCACAAGCAAGGCGGUGUGUCAUCUGCAUGGGCAUGCUUUAUCCAUUAGCAGUGCUUAUUUCUCACCUAGCACAGGGAACAGAGUUCUCACCUCAUGUUUGGAUAACCACAUAAGGAUAUAUGACACAUCUUCAUUGACUUCUGAACCUCCCUUGCUCAAAUCCAUCAGUCAUGACAUGCAGACAGGCCGGUGGUUGUCGAACCUAUCAGCAGUUUGGGACCCUAAACAGUCGGACUGCUUUGUGGUGGGAAGUAUGAGAAGGCCUCGGAGGGUGGAGGUGUUCCAUGAAAGCGGCCAGCUGCUGCACUCAUUCUUGGACGAGAACCUUAGCACGGUGCUGUCCGUCACCGCCUUUCACCCCACAAGAAAUGCCCUGCUGGGGGGGAAUUCAUCAGGACGCAUGCAUGUCAUCUACAGUUGAAACGGAGGCCAUGCAACCAUGAACUCUGGGUGGGAUGGGUAUUAUAGCAGAGAGCAAAGUUACUGCCACAUAUAUUUAGAAAGGUCUUUAAAAUUGGUAGAAUAAACAAAUUAGCAUUUAUUUUGCACGCCGCGCCAGGCUAUAAUAGCCAUUCCAGAUCUGAUGUGCCUUUUUUUUUCUUAAAUGUCUUUUCUAGAUCUUUAGUCACAAGACUUUCAUAGUCUGACUUGUCAGGUUUUUUUUACAAUUUUGAUGGACUUUGCACAGAGUUGGCAAAGAAACUGCCCGUCUCCUGCUUUAGAGGUGCCUCCUAAAGUAUACCCAAUGUUAAAAUAUGCAUUCCUGUUUAGUAUUAUUUGCAGAAUGUUUUUGCAUUGUAUCAACCAUACAAAAAAUAACCCAUUCCUUGAUUCACAGCUUAAUUGAUUGGGGUUUCUUUUGGUAGAUUUGAUCAUAAGCCUCUUUAGUUUCAAAGAAACAGUACAGUGUGUUUUUUGCCAGGUAUAUGCACUUGGUGUGAGAUUUAUUUUCUGAAAAAUCAUAAAGAUUUUAGUUGUUUUUAAAUUUAAAGUUUAGAAACACAGUGGGUCCGUUGUUUAUGGCCCAAAUAAUGAGACGUUGGUAAUUUGUUUUUGUACUAGUUGUUUGGUAUGUUUAUAUCCAUGUGAUUCACAUUAAAUAAACUGUUUGUGCUAAAAGCA